AUGACUUCCAAUCGUUUUGGAUAUUUGUGUGAAAAAUCUUUACAUUUACAUCGUAUGAAUGAUUGUGAUGAUCUUAAUUUAUAUUAUCGAAAAUUUCUAAAUAAAUUAAGUAAAAUAUGUUUAAAAAUUUUUCUUCCAUUAUUAUUAUUAAUUUACUUGUUAACUUUAUUUCUCUGUCGUUUAUUAUUAUAUAAUACAACAAAACUAACAUUUGAUAUUCGAACAAUUGUUUAUUUAAUAUGCAUUUUUUUAACAUUCUUUUUAUUAUUUCUUAUACGUAUACAUACGAAAUGGAAGACACUAUGGUUUUGUACAAGAAGUUUUCUCAUAUUUCUUCUAAUUAUUCCAUUAGUACUAACAUACCAAACCGAACAAUAUCAUAUAUUAUUUUCAACAAUAUCAAUAACACUUAUUUAUUCAUUAUUAACAUUUACAUUAAUUCAAUCUAUUAUAAUUUGUUUAAGUAUAUCAAUAUUACAUAUAAGUCUUCUAUUAAAUCAAACAAAUGAAAUUCACUGGACAAGUAUAGAAUUUAUUUCGUUGAUUUUUUAUCAUAUUAUCAUAAAUCUAUCCGGUUUAUAUACCUAUAUUAGAUCUAUAAGAUAUAUUCGUCAACAUUUUCAUGAAUAUGAAACAAGUUUAUAUGAAAAAAAUAAAUUUAGUGUUGAUUGUAAAAAAUUAAAUACAAUCAUUGGACAUUGUCAACAAGCACAACGUUCAACUGGACGUAUAUCAAAAUUAUCUAAUGGAUUUAAUAUUAAUAAUCAAUUGAAUAGUGUAAAUCGAAAAUUUGGUACAGUAAUCAAUUGUAAUUUAUCUUUAAAUGAACAAACACGACAACAUACAUGUGAUGAAUUAGCAUCUUUAUUCGAUGUACUUUAUUGUCAAAUUGAACAAUUAAUUCUAAAACAACAGCCUCAAGCAAAAUAUAUCUUUGAUAAUGAAAUCAUUACUAUUAUUCUUUUCAAUGAUAACGAUAAUGAACAAACUAAUAUAGACAAUAGUUGUCGUUUAGCUAUAGAAUUAUUUCGUUUUAUUCAACAUGUUAAUAAUGUUACACAAUGGUGUUUAACAUCUAUCAUUGGUAUUGAUUAUAAUGAAUUACAUAUAUUAUCACCUGAAUAUAUCGAAGGUUUAGCAUAUGAUUGUUCACGAUGGUUACGUGAAGAAUGUCUUAUUAUUAAUCGUAUACAUGUAUCAUCAAGAAUAUAUGAUGCAUUAAAAGAAAAUAAAUUCUAUGAAUUUCAUUCAUAUUCAUGGUUAACAAAUAAUACUUUAUUAGAAAAUACUUCAACGUAUUUUCUAUUUAGUAUAAAUAUGUAUGAACCACAUGAUAAUGAAUUAUCAUCAGUAAAUAAUUCAAGUAUGAUUGAUCAAUUGACACGUAUUCAAGCACAAUAUCAUGUCGAAAAACAUUUAGGAACAAUAACAUUAACACGUUCAUUACGUAAACGUAGUUUAAUUGAAUUAACAACAAAACAUUUAAAUUGGUUUAAUUUAAGUUUUAAAGAACAAUAUGAUCAAAAUCUUACAAAAGAUUUUCAAUCAAUACAUCGUGCAAAUCGUCCAGAUUUAUUUAUUUAUCUUUUUAUAUUAUUAAUUUUAAUUGGUUCAUUAUGUCAAGCAUUUGUUCUACAGAAUAUAAAAUUAUAUUAUUUUAUAUCAUUUCCAUCGAUUAUUAUUGGUCUUGUUUUCUUAAUUAUAUUAUUUCUUUAUACAAUACAUAAUGAUCAAUCACAAAAUAAUAAAAAUAAUAGAAUAUUUUAUGUUUAUUUUAAUACACUUAUUUGUUUAACUUUUUCAACAUUAUUUCUCGUAGCUACACAAUAUCAUUCAAUACAGAAUUUUAAAUAUUUAUUAAAUUCAAAUGAUAUUAUUAAUAAUACAACAAUAAUUAAUGAAUCUUCUAGUCAAUUGAAUUCAACUUUAAAUAAUACAAUAAUCAGUGAAUCAACGACACCAUCAUUUGAUCGUCAAUAUCAUGAUUAUCUAAUAUUAUCUCCUAUUUAUUCACUCUAUUUAUGUUCAAUCUAUCGUCAAUGUUCAUGGAUGAUUAAAACAUUAUUUAUUAUUAGUUGUUUAAUAGUUCAAUUAUUUUUAUUUGAAUAUAUAUGGAUAACAACUAAUCUAUAUUUUCCAUCAAUUCAUCGUUUACAUCAUUAUACAACAUUUACUUUAAUUAUCUUGCAUGGUUUACUUUUAAUUAUUUCUUCUUAUGUUCACGAAUGGUUAGAAAAAAUUGAUUUUAUUUGGCUUAAACAAAUUAAUAAUGAACGUUUAACUAUUGUUAAACAACGUGAUGAACUUAUUAAACAAACAUCACUAUUUUUUCCAUUACGUGUUAUUGAUUAUUAUUUACGUACUGAUUCUGAUAUUGUUCUAGCACAACAUUAUCAUACGAAAUAUGAUCGUAUGGCAUUAUUAUACGUACAUUUUUAUCCAUUAAAUAUUGAACAUGAAUAUAUGCUUGUUGAAUAUUUAAAUGAUAUGGAAUAUUUAUUAAAAACUAAUGAAAAAUAUAUCGAUAUUGUUAUACAUAGAAAAUCAACAAUUAAAGAAAUAAUAUUUUCAAUUGAUACAAAUACAGAUGAUUCAGUUAAAUCUAUUCAACAAUUAGUUGAACUUUUAUUUCAAUUAGAAGAACGUUUAAAACAAAUAUCAUCAUCAACAAUAAAUCUUUCGGCUUGUUUACAUAUUGGUUGUGUACAUGAAAUAUUAAUACAUCUAGAAAAUUAUCCGAAAAUUGAUCUAUGGAGUGAACAUAUUUCACUUUUACAAUUACUUAUUAGUAAAACACAAAUUAAUCAUUGUUUAACAACAUCAGCUGUUUAUCAUCUAUUAAAUGAUCUUUAUCUAUUUCGAACAGCUGGUUUAAUUGUUAGUACACAAAUUAAUAAUACGAAUAUUUAUUAUCUACUUGGUCGUCUUAUUGGAGAUAAUGUCUUUCAGGGUCGUAAUACUCUUCCAUUAACUAUUGGUCAUACAAAUAUUGGAACUGUUCAAAAGUCUUCUAGUACAGACGAUUCUCAUCAUUCCCAAUCAUCUCAAUAUCAUGAUAAAUUAAAUUGUCAAAAAGAAGAAAAUCAUAUUCAAAUGUCAACAACAACAACUACUACAACAACAUCAUCAUCUGUUGUUCUUAAUGAACAACAAAGUCUUCUUAAACAUUCAUCAUCAACAUCAGCUCGAAAGCAUGUUCGAAUAUCUAAUCAUAUUUCAACUACUGACAAUCCUUCAUAUCGUCAUACACUUCUACAAGCAUUAAAUGGUACGACUAAUAAUAAUAAUCAUAUUCAGCAACAAAUAAAUCCAAUAAAAAAAAUAUCGAAUCGUUUAGUGACAAAAAAAGAUUCAUCACCAUCAGUAUUAAAAGAUUAUGUACCACGAAUGAUUCUCUUAAGUGAUAAUAGUUGUUGGUCAUCAAGAGAAGCAAUGACACCAUCAGAAACAAGUGGUAGUAAAUGUUUAAUUCUAACACAACAAAUGCUGAAUGGAUCAACAGAUGAUAACAGUCGAUGUAAAUCAACACCACCACCACCAUUAUCUAAAAUUGCAUCAACAAAUCGUCAUUUGUCAAAUGAACGCAAAAGUUUUACUGAAGAAGAUUUUCGUCAAUUACUUCAAGAAAAAUCAAUUAAAGAUAUGCAUAAUCCAGCUCGAAGUUUAUCAACAACAAAUGAAGAAACUGCAUCAUCAUUCUCUGGAUGGGAUGAUGUACCACCAUCACCACUACUAAGUAUUAAAUCUAAUCAUGGACAUAUUCAAUUACAAGAACCUACUAAAUCAACAUUACCACCAUCAGUACCACCACCUAAUAUUGAUUGCUACUAUCCACGUCGUCCUUGUGAUUUAUCAUUUACUGUUAAUAUGACAACAACUGAAGAUGAUACUAGUAGUCGAACUGAUACAAAAUCAACAGUUAUUCAUUCGCCAGCGUCAACGGUUGCUACAAUUACUACCCCUCAACCAUCAACUCCAGUGAAUGCUGUUAAAUCAGCUGUUGUGCCAUUUCACUUAUCUGCAUCGCCAUCACAACCUCCAGUAAAUAUUAUGAAACCAGCUGUCAUGUCCUCUCCUUUACCAGCACCAACGUCAUCAUUACCACCUCCACAGCUGCAACAACAGCAACAACAACAACAGGUGUUGAGGUAUCGGCCAGUACCAUUUAAUUUAGCACGUAAAUUAGUUGCUGAUACAUCUGAAAGUGCUUUAUCAGACAUUUCUAUUGAUCAUCAACAAGAACCAUGGACACAAAAUAUUGCUUAUCAAUCAAGACAUCCUCAACGAAUGCGUCUUUCGUCUAGUUACAAUAACUUACAUGAUCUCGCACAGAUGCAUGAUUCAUUAAAAUAUCUUCCCAAACAAUCUCCAUUACCAACUAUAAUGCAUAAUGAUUUAUUACAACGUUGGCUUGAAGAUCAACUUAACCUAUUUCGACAUCAAGUUAAACAAACACCACCAUUAUCAAAAAGAAAAACCAAUCGUUUAUCAAAUAAUAUCAUUAUCAAAAACGAUUCAACUGAUGAUGAAUCAGAUACUGUUAGUGAAAAUACAUUUACUGCUUUAACUAAUCAAUCACAUCCACAAUCAAAACCUUUCUUAGCAAAUAAACGUUCAUAUAAUCAUGUCAGAUAUAAACCAUUACGAAAAAAUUCAGCAAAUACAUCACAUCUUAUUCGACAUGAAUCACUGAAACAUCGUAAUCGACCAUUAUUAUAUGAACAUACUUCUCAUUUAAAUAAAGCAUUUUAUAAUUAUCAAGCAAAUCAUAUUAAAAAACUUCCUCGUCGAACAGAUUCAUCAUCAAUGCCUCGAUCCGAUUUAAGUGAUAUAUCAUCAUCGCGACCAGAUAAUUUAUCUGAGAGUGUUAUAUCAAAUCUGGAAUCUGAAUAUGAUAAUAUUUAUACUCAACCAAUAAAUUCGAAUACAACAACAACAAUGAGUAAUUCACAAAUUCUCAGCGAUGACGACGAUGAUGAAACUACAUUAGCAACAACUAUAGCAGCAGCAACAGCAGCAUCACCCCAUCGCUGUUACUUUUAG